CCGUCAUAAAAAAACAGAAGAAGAACUUCCUGCAGAUCCCGGAAAGGUUAGCGUUAGCGCAGAGCUAGGUUAGCAUUAACAUUGUUUUUGUUAUCUACCCUGCUCUCUUACUGCGGCAAUGGAUGAAGACUGAAUCGACACUUCUGUUCAACGUCUUGAACAGAAGAAUCUUUUUACAGCGGCUGAUCUGACGGAGGGGCAUCAGCCAUGUAUGCCUCAGGGAAGUACAGCUCUCGGGGCCCUGCCCUAAUCCCGCGAAUGAAAACCAAACAUCGCAUCUACUACAUCGCCCUCUUCUCCGUUGUACUGCUCGGAUUGAUUGCCACCGGGAUGUUCCAGUUUUGGCCUCACUCUAUCGAGUCUUCAGCUGAAUGGACACUUGAAAAGGGGAGCGUACACGACGCCCCUCUUAUCCGACUGCCUGUAUCCAGCCUCUUACCUGAGAGGGGGGACCUAAGCUGUCGAAUGCACACAUGUUUUGAUGUAUACAGAUGUGGCUACAACCCCAAGAACAAAAUCAAGGUCUACAUCUAUCCUCUUCAGAGGUUUGUGGACGAAUUUGGAGUUCCCAUCAGCAGCACUGGACUGUCACGAGAAUACAACGACCUGCUCAGUGCCAUCUCAGACAGUGACUUUUACACCGAUGAUGUUACCAGAGCCUGUCUAUUCAUUCCAUCUAUUGAUGUUCUCAAUCAGAACUCCAUUCGUAUUAGAGAGACUGCCCAGGCCCUGGCUCUGCUACCCAGAUGGGACAAAGGGAUGAAUCAUUUGCUUUUCAACAUGUUGCCUGGAGGUCCCCCUGACUACAACACUGCUCUGGAUGUGCCCAGGGACAGAGCCCUUUUGGCAGGAGGCGGUUUCUCCACAUGGACCUACAGACAAGGUUAUGAUGUCAGCAUCCCGGUCUACAGUCCUCUUUCUGCAGAUGUUGUGCUUCCUGAACGACAGCCUGGGCCAAGGCACUACUUCAUUCUAUCCUCUCAAACAGCAAUUCAUAGAGAGUAUCGUGCUGAACUAGAGCGUUUGAAGGAAGAAAAUGGAGAAGCCCUGCUCCUGCUAGACAAGUGCAGCAACCUUUCCCAAGGAGCUGCCUCUGCACGGAAGCGGUGUUACAAAGGGCAGGUGUAUGACUACCCACAGAUACUGCAGGAGUCAUCUUUCUGUGUGGUUUUGCGAGGGGCACGCCUGGGUCAAGCUGCUCUCAGUGAUGUUCUUCAGGCUGGCUGUGUCCCUGUCAUCCUGGCUGACUCCUACAUUCUUCCAUUCUCUGAAGUGCUUGACUGGAAAAGGGCCUCUGUGGUUAUUCCAGAAGAGAAAUUGUCAGAGAUGUACACCAUCCUGAAGAGCAUUCCUCAUAGACAAGUUGAGGAGAUGCAGAGACAGGCCCGUUGGUUCUGGGAGGCCUACUUCAACUCCAUGAAAGCUAUUGGCUUGACCACGCUCCAGAUCAUCAAUGACCGCAUUUACCCAUAUGCUGCACGUACUUAUGAGCAGUGGAACAAUCCACCUGUUGUGAAGUGGUCCAGUGUAAACAGCCCACUUUUCCUUCCACUUAUCCCUCCAAGAGCUCCGGGGUUUACGGCAGUCGUGCUGACCUAUGACCGCGUUGAGAGUCUGUUCCGGGUCAUCACUGAGAUUUCGAAGGUGCCAAGCUUGGCUAAAUUGUUGGUAGUUUGGAAUAAUCAGAAUAAGAGUCCUCCUGAAGAGUCUCUCUGGCCAAAGGUUGGUGUCCCUCUAAAAGUGGUGCGAACCAAGGAGAACAAGCUAAGCAACCGUUUCUUCCCCUACGACGAGAUUGAAACGGAAGCUGUGCUGGCGAUUGAUGAUGACAUCAUCAUGCUAACAUCUGAUGAAUUGCAGUUUGGCUAUGAGGUGUGGAGGGAGUUCCCCGACAGGCUGGUGGGCUACCCAGGCCGGCUGCACCUCUGGGACCACGAGAUGGGGAAGUGGAAGUAUGAGUCUGAGUGGACCAACGAGGUUUCCAUGGUUCUGACCGGAGCUGCCUUUUACCACAAGUACUUCAAUUAUUUGUACACAUACAAAAUGCCAGGAGACAUCAAGAACUGGGUGGACGCUCACAUGAACUGUGAAGAUAUUGCUAUGAACUUCCUCGUGGCAAACAUCACGGGCAAAGCCCCAAUAAAGGUGACCCCAAGGAAAAAGUUCAAGUGCCCUGAAUGUACUGCCAUUGAUGGACUGUCUCUAGACCAGACACACAUGGUGGAGAGGUCUGAGUGCAUCAAUAAGUUUGCAUCCGUUUUUGGGACGAUGCCUCUGAAGGUGGUGGAACACCGUGCAGAUCCAGUGCUCUAUAAAGACGACUUUCCAGAGAAACUCAAGAGCUUCCCCAACAUCGGCAGCCUCUGACCAACCUGCAGCAAAUAUACGGACAUGUCCAAGUUUCAGCACUGCAAGAGUCGUCACCAACUUCGUUUUACGUCAAGAUGCCAGUCCAGACCACAGAAUCUACGUUCACCGUCUCAGUUUGAGUCACUUCCAGUUUCUAGUGCGAACAUUCGUUUACAGUGCAGGAUAAUCCUGAAUGUUUACAUUUGUAAACACUCAGUCAGGUUAACUAGGUCUCACUGUUACUGUUUUGGAGCUGAAUGCUCCAGCUGCUCUGGAUUCAGCGUCCAUGUUGUAUAUAUUUACAUUUUGCAGCGGUGCUGUAUGAUAUAAUUUAUAAUGCUUUAACUAAAAUGUUCUUUUAUUCUUCCUUUCCUCAUUUCAUUUUCCAAAAGCAGACACAAUUAUUUUUAGCUGUAAUGUAAGAAAAGAACAAAACGUGAUAAAUGACUCAGACAUAUCGUUGUAGGCUUUAUUCACAGUGUGAUGGAUUAUGAUGACACCCAGAUGUUGCACAGUAAAGGUUUCAUAAUGCGUUCUGUAUUACACAAUCCUGUUGGACCAUUAGACAAACCUGGGAUCAUAAAUCUAAUAUUUAGAGUAAGGGAUGGUUUUUGGGGAAAAAGAUUUGAGCUACUGGAUUUUUUUUUUAUCUACUUUUAUAUUGUCAAAGAAAACAUUUCAUUCUGUGUAUAUUUAUGUCUGAAUAUAGAUCUCUAUAAGAAAUUGUUGCUUGAAUUAUGUACCUAAUCAUUUCAGUUAUUAUUGAUCACUUUUUAUGCCCUAAUCGUAUGCCUUACAGUCGACCACAUAUUACAUAUUAGUUAAUGAACAAUUCUGAGAUUAUAUCCAUGAACGAUUUGGUUUUUUAGUUGUUAGUCAGUUCAUGUCCAGUAUGUAGACGGUAACUCUGAGAAGGUUGCAGUCUUUAAAAUGUAUCUUUGCCUUCUGGUGUUUUUAUUUUUCCAUUUUCACAAUUGUUCCUUUUCAUGUGAGUUUGUAUGUGAUGCUGUGUAUGUCUUUAUAAUACAUUACAAGUAAAGACCGAGUUAAC